AUGGGAGUGCUCACAAUGUAAUCACAUAAAUAUGUAGCCUGUACAUUAAAAUCUCACACAAUCAAGUCAAGAGGGAAUCAAAUCAUGACUGGAAUUUGAAAUCACACAUCGGACUCUCUUUCUAAAAUCUAUACAAUUGAUAAGCAUGAUGUUAAUAGGCAAAACUCUAUUAAGGGCUGGCUUGAGGCUUGCCUGCCCAACUAAAUAUAUUUAUCCAACUAUAAACAACGUAAAAUACUGUUGCAUUGCAUCUAAACUUCCGUUCGAUACACAUUAUUCAGAAUGUGAUUUACUUAUAAUGAAGAAUAAUUUUGAUGAAGAAGAUGAGGAUCGAGAUGAAUGUAUAAAUAUGUUUCAGUUUAACCAUUUCAUUCGACGUACUAUGGGUAGAUCAUUAGAUAGCAGGGAACUGUAUUGUCUCUUUGCCGAGAUAGACAAGGACUGCAAUGGGCUGCUUUCUUUGGGUGACAUUGUCUGCCAUUUUGAAAAGCAGUUUAAACCUCAGGAAGAACAUAGAAUGAAAGAGGUGUUUUGCCUUUAUGAUAAGGAUGAAGAUGGAAAAGUUAAAUUGCAUGAGCUGAGGGAAAUUCUAUUCCAUCUUGGUUUUUUUAUUUCCCGCAGCAAGUGUUUAGAAGAUUUUUUUGAAAAAAGAGAUCCGAAAAAUAUAAGAAAAAUUGACUAUGAAGAAUUCAAAAAGUUGAUGAAAGAAGAUAUCCCACAUUUAAUAAACCAAUAAAACACACAAAACACAGAACAUUAAAACAUCUCAAAAUGUUACAUUUCAAAAGACAGAUGUUUGCAAAAAAUAUACAUACAUAUAAAACAACAGAUGUUUCAUCAUUUAUAAAUUCUGUUUUAGUAUUGUUUAUAUUGCUUCCUCACUAUGGAAGGUAGGGAAGCAUUGCAUUGGUGGGAGAG